AUGGAAGAUAUCCUGGGGGAUGACCUCCCGCUUCCACCCGCCAGACUCUUCGAACGCCUUGCACAAAUUCCGCACUACACCUGGGAUCGCUCGUUUGCGCCCUUUCACUCAACCUAUGAUCACUGGCAUGUCUACGGCAUACUACACAACCCCGAAGUUGUCGAACCUCGAACCUCCGCAAGCACUUUGAACAGUAUCUCCGGGCACUCCGGUUCGACCAGAAGUUCUCCGAAACUCGAUGCUCACCGUCCCACCCUAAGGCAUCACCACUGGAGUAGCAUCAGUGUUACUUCGACAGACAGCGAGAAUCUGUCGUCAAGAGAUGAUCCCGAGCCAGUAUGGGUGCCCGUUCUGGCCCGCAUCAGCACACAUGUGCUGCGCCUGGAGAGGGAAUUCCAAUACAAUCAGACACUCAUGAAAGAAUUGGAUCCCGAAGGCGACCACACGCUCCGGCCCCUGGAAAUGGUCAAACUCGCGACGACGCCGGGCGAUACGCAUCCUAUGCUUGUGUGUAUCUAUGAGGCGCCUGGCAAGAAUUAUCUACGAGAAGUCCUGGAUUUCGGACCUGCCUUCUACGGCUUACAAGUCAAUCGAAUGGGCACCGAAGGGACGCCCGGCGAGCAGGUCCCUCUUCAGGCGUUCCUGGACUUUGCGAUCGGUGCAUCAGAGGCGCUGGAGCUACUGCAUCACGGCGCUAAUUGUGUCCAUGGAGAGAUUCGCUCCGACACCUUCCACUGGAACCGCGAAGCCAAUUCUGUGAAACUGCUGAAUCACGGAAAUGGCCCGCGUGCUUUCGAAAAUCUACUAUCCAGUGAGGGUUGGGCCACAGUCAGCCGGGAAAUCGGAGUGAAGAACAAACUGCAGUUCAUCGCCCCCGAGCAGACUGGACGGCUGCCGGCAGAUCCCGACAGUCGGACCGACAUCUACAGUCUAGGCAUCCUCUUCUGGACUCUGCUUACAGGUCAGCCAGCGUUCGAUGCCGAGACACCCAUCGAUAUUGUCCAACGGGUGUUGGCACAUCGCUUACCCCUGGUCACUGCCAUUCGUAUGGACAUCCCUGAUGCCAUUUCCAAGAUCAUCGCCAAGAUGACACAGAAGCAAAUGGAUGAGCGGUAUCACUCCAUCAGCGGACUCAAGUAUGAUUUAACGCAGAUCCAGAAAUACUUGGGCGAGGGUGAGCAGGAGAAGAUCAAAAACUACAAGGUUGGGCAGAGAGAUGUCUCGUCGUUCUUCAUUUUGCCCACGAAACAAUUCGGCCGGGAAGCAGAGAUAGACAAAAUCACCAAGGUUAUCGAGAGGGCCCACAAGCGCCAGACUUCCGCCACGAACCGACACUCGGCCUCGCAAUACAACGUGGCGAACGCGGCCUCGAACUCUUCCAUAUCUGAAGGCCGUGCAGAGGGGCUGGAGGGUGUUGAGGGGUCCGAUUCAUCAAGUUCCUUUGGUUUGAGAGAAUCCCGGAGCAACUCCACCACCAUCGGGCUGGAGGGUCAUGUCCUGAACCCAAUCUAUGGAAGCACGACCGGUCACUACGGUAAGCGUGGCCGCGGCGCCCCGGACCCAAGAGGCACACCGUUGGACGUAGUUUCGGAUCGGGCCAGCAAUCUCUCUGGCGCUCUUCAACCAACCUCCAACUCACUACCUGGAAUGAUGACCAGGCGUAGAGACAGCCACAAGUACAAGCCCCGGACCAAGACCGAUGUCAUUACCAUCCUGGGUCCUAUUGGAGUAGGAAAGACCGCGCUCAUCAAGGCUGUUCAACCCGUCAUCCGGCGCCACGGGUACUUCGCUCUUGGAAGAUUCGACAAGGCUCGCCCAUCUCCAUUCGAGCCGCUGAUCAAGGUCAUGGCUAGUCUUUUCAGACAGAUAUUUUCGGAAAAGGACGUCAAUACGCCGUAUCAUGAGCAUCUGCGGGCCCAUGUAACUCCUUUUUGGCCCGUUCUGCAUUCCAUCUUGGACUUGCCGGCGACGCUACUUGAUGUGGCGGUCCUUUCGAAAAAGCUAUUGGCCAAGAAUGAUGCCACAACACCGAGCGUCAAUACCGAAGUCCCUACCGUUGACAGCGGCCCUAAGGCGAACUAUGGCCCCAUGCACAAUGCCUGGGAUGCAAACGACUUUUUACGAGGCCCAGCAAACUCCAAGUCCAUCCGGCUGAUUAAUACUUACAUGGAUGUCUUGCGCACGAUUAGCAAGGGCAAGUUGAUAUGUCUCUGCUUGGAUGAUUUACAAGCUGCAGACGAUGAGUCAAUCGACCUGGUGAUGCACAUCAUCAAAGCCAAGGUCCCGGUCGUGUUACUCCUCUCCUGUCGGGUAGAUGAUGGCAAGAUUCCGGAGAGCGCCGCCAGGAUUCUCGAUCUCGACUCAGGAAACAAGAUCGAACUGGAAAAUCUUCGAGAAAACGAUGUUUUCCAAUAUGUCGCUGCCACCAUGUCUCAGCCAGUAGAGACGGUAAUCCCCCUGGCUGCCGUCGUACAUGCAAAGUCCGAAGGCAACCCUUUUCUGGUCAAAGACAUACUCCAGACGUGCUACCAGCGGAACUGCUUGUGGUACGAUUGGAAAGAGUCGGGUUGGCAAUUCGAUCUAGACAAGAUUUUCAACGAGUUCAACGCGGAAGAUAACAUGGAUAUUGGCUAUAUGGCAAGGCGCCUUGAAGACCUAUCACCCGCGGCUCGCUCGGUCCUUGCGUGGGCUUCGUUGAUUGGAACAUCAUUCUCCUUCAGAUUGAUUCAGUCCAUCAUGACCGGAGGCUACUUCUAUAGUAGCGGUCCAGACCAGACAGACGAUGUGACCUGCCCUAAGCGCGCCAAAUUGUUCAACCUCUCCGAGACUGACUGCGUCAACGGACUUCAGCAGUUGGUCAACGCAUACAUCAUUACGCCAGGAACCAAUGACGAUGAGUUCCGAUUCACACAUGCGCGGUAUUUGAAAGCGGCAAACGAUAUGCGUGAGUGCCAAAAUGUCACAAAGAUGCAUUUCAUCAUCGCCGAGGCCAUGAUGCCGUCUUUGAGUCAAUGCCGGUACAAUUUGUAUGCGUUGGCGCGCCAUAUCUGUCUGGCUGCAGACAUUGUCAAAGACCGGGUACCAACCCGCAUGCGGUACCGAGACGUACUCUGGCGUGGGGCGCAGAAGGCGAUCGAAACUGGCGCAAAGCAGACUGCACUUUGGUACUACAAAACAGGGGUCAAGCUGUUACAGGAUGACAAGUGGAACACAGAUAAUCCGGAUGUCUUUUACGAUGAGACGCUUCAACUCCUCGUUAACACCGCCGAGAGCAUGUACGUUCAAGGGGAGAAAGAGGAGGCGCUCCAACUUGUCGAGGAGACUUUUGCACAUGCGCGUUGUUCGGCCGACAAAACGAGGUCGUUCAUCCUCAAAGGGCGGAUUUUGGCCAGUCAAGGUAAAUUCCUUGAGGCGUUCGCAUCGCAGCGCGAGUGUCUCGAAGAAUUAGGACUGCCGAUGCCCACCACAACCUGGGACGAUUGCGACAUCGAGUUCAAGAAGCUGGAGUAUCGACUACGGGAGCUCGACAAAGAUCAACUGCUGGCUACUCCUCUGAGCGAGGACAAGACCGUGAUUGCAUUGGGCACAGUUCUCAGCGAAGCCCUGGGCGCUCUGUACUGGUCUGAUGCCUUGCUGUGGUACCAGCUAGUGAUUUCUUACGUCAAGGCCGUGCUGGAUCGCGGCAACUUCGUUCAAGCUGGUCUAGGUUUCGCAAUGCUUGGUGCGGCUGCAAUAGGUCGCUUCAAGGAUGUCGAGCUGGGAGUGGCCUAUGGAGACAUUGCGCACGAUUUCUACACCAUCUGUGAAGAUUCUUGGACCCGUGGCAGAGGUUGGACGCUAUUUACGCUUUUUAUCGGCCACUUUCAGACACCGGUGCGGAACCUUCUUCCGAUUUUGGACAAUGCGCUGGAGUACUCGUUGGCAUCUGGCGAUAGAUUCGUGAGCCUGCUCAACGUAGGCGUGAUGGCAGUUUCCAGAUUCUGGGCGGGUCAGGAUCUGUCAGAAGUUGAGGCAUUCUGCAACUACGGGCCUGAAGAAUUCGAGAAUUGGGAGAGAGACCGCAGAGGUGGAACUCUGCUCAUUGCCACGAGACAGGUUUCCCGCGCACUACAGGGAAAGACGUUCGCCUCAGACGCUAAGACGCUUCUCAACGACAAAGAUCAUGACACCGAAACUUGGAUGGCGGAAUGCGCCAAAUUCUCGGCCAACGAGCAACGAUCACGUGAUAUAUAUCGUUCGUUGUCCCUUGUUGCCUACCACUUGAUGGGCUAUCACGAGGUCGUGGUCCAAAUGGGAAGAGCAUUGGUCAAUACGACCCUUGACGAUCUUUGGUCCAACAGACCCGCCUGUGCGGCUCGAUUUUACCUUGGUUUGUCCCUUUUAGCUGUUGCAAAAGAGAAGCCUGAAGCAGAACGCGCAGCCUAUAUCGAAGAGGCGAAGGAGCUCAAGCGAUUCGUCGAUCUCUGGGGCUCAGUCAAUGAUGUGAACUACUUUGCCUGGUCGCACAUUCUCGAGGCCGCCAUUGCCGACGUCUCCCAUGUUCAUUUCAGCGUCACUUCGAACCUCGAACUGGCAAUUGAUCACUGUCAAGUGCACGGCUUUGCUCUUGAAGAAGCGCUAGCCAUCGAAAUGCAGGCGGAAUUCCUGCUUGCGAGAGGGGGAAAGAGGGCAGGUAAAGUCAUGCUUCAAGAAGCCAUCGCAGCUUGGAAUAGAAUCAGCGCAAGCGGCAAAGCUAAACAGCUCUCUGAUAAGCACGAAUGGGUGAUCAAGACAGCCACAACAUCUAGGACGAUGGACACGGCUACACAGACACAAGACUUGCAUUCCCUUGCGGUAACUGAGGAGGCUCAAGUCCAGAACAGACGGGACUACACAAGUGCUUGGGUUGAGCCCAAAGCAAGCGGAACGGUUCAAAGUCCACAAGACGUACCCGGUCUCGGGCUGGACAUACUUGAUCUAACCUCGAUUCUCGAAUUUUCCCGGGUCAUCAGCUCCGAGCUGCAGAUCAACAAUCUCCUGUCCAAGAUGAUAUCGGUCAUCCUUGAAUCGGUAGGCGGUCAGGCUGAGUUCUGCGCCAUUGUGAUCGACUCCGAAGAUCAAGGCUGGUGCGUGGCAGCAAGCGCAGAUCAUGAAACCGGUGUCAAGACUUACCCUGAUGGGAUCCCCUUUUCUGAAAUCGAUGAUCAAGCAGCACAGCAGAUUACGCAUUACAUUCUUCGCACCAGGGAGACCGUGUACCUGCAAAACGUACUCGAAGACGACCGUUUCUCGAACGUCGGAGACGCGUAUCUGGCGCGAAACCCUUCCGGACGUUCGAUCAUUGCCAUCCCCAUCAUCCAAGCCGAUCACCUCAUGGGAGUUAUCCAUCUGGAAGGUCGGCCAAAUGCCUUCACGCAACGUAACAUGAUUGUCCUCAAUCUUCUUACGAACCAGGUGGCUAUUUCUUUGGGCAAUGCACUUCUCUACAGGAAGGUGCGUAAAGUGAGCGCCUCGAACGCUAGCAUGGUGGAAUCUCAAAGACGAGCCCUCGCAGCUGCUCGAGAGGCUGAGGCCAAGGCGAAAAAGGCCGAGGCUGAGGCCAUGCACAACGUAAAGUUGAAGGAGGAAGCAGCUAAAGCCAAGUCAAUCUUCCUUGCCAAUGUCAGUCAUGAGCUUCGGACACCGUUGAACGGCGUGAUCGGAAUGUCUGAAUUGCUCAAAGGAACACCCUUGAGCAAGGAGCAAGAGCAAUAUGCCGACAGCAUUCGAGUCUGUGCAGACACUUUACUGACUGUCAUCAACGAUAUUCUCGAUUUCUCCAAACUCGAAGCCGGAAAGAUGCAGAUGUUCACAGUCCCCUUGGAUCUGAAGGAGACCAUCACGGAGGUGGUACGCGCGUUGGCAUACACUAACCAAGAGCACGGGUUGCAAACCUUGGAAGAUCUUCAAAUUGAAGACGGUCUGGUCCUGGGCGACCCUGUAAGACUGCACCAAAUCUUCAUGAACCUGCUCAGCAAUGCCUACAAGUUUACACCCAAAGGGUCGGUGACGGUCAGAGCACGUAAGAACGCCGAGACCCGAGACAGAGUUAAGAUCACCUGUUCGGUUUCCGACACCGGCAUCGGCAUCACCGAAGAACAACUGUCCAGACUAUUCCAGCCGUUUUCACAAGCAGACUCGUCCACAGCGCGCUCGUACGGUGGCAGCGGACUGGGACUGAGCAUCUGUAAGGCCAUGAUUGAGAAUGUCUUGGGCGGUAAGAUCUGGAUCGAGUCCACGCCCGGGGUGGGAACGACUGUUUCAUUUACGCUUACUUUUAAGAAAGCUCCGAAGAAUGACAGUGUCCCGGGCGACAUGAAGAUAGCGGCCAGGGAUCCGGAUCCCAUGGCGAGAUGGUCACAGGCAACCAGCCCCGAGACGGAGCGUAAAUACGUCAGUUUCUGUGACCUGAGCAAGAUCCCAAGGGAAGAGUUGCGCGUAUGCAUUGCGGAAGACAACCAAAUCAACCGGAAGAUUGCCAUCUCGUUCGUCACCAAGCUCGGGCUGAAAUGCGAGGCGUAUGAGGAUGGGAAACAGGCUUAUGAAGCACUGAAAGCCAAAAGCAAAGAAGGGAAGCCGUUCCACUUGGUGUUGAUGGAUGUUCAGAUGCCUGUUUUGGAUGGUUAUGAGGCAACCAAGGCAAUCCGAGCGGACCCGGAUCAACACGUCAGCCAGGUGCUGAUCAUCGCCAUGACGGCUUCGGCUAUCCGUGGCGAUCGAGAAAAGUGUCUGGAGGCUGGCAUGAACGAUUACCUUGCCAAACCAGUGAGACAAACAGCUCUCAAAUCCAUGCUGGACGAAUAUCUCCAGAAUACAAAACUGGCGACUGACGCCGCGACGGCGAACACACCCCCUGGUUCCAAAGUUACCCCGGGCGACAAAGUGAAUGGACAACCAGAAAACAGCGGUGACAAGUCGAUGCCUAGUGGCAUCGCGGACAAGUUGAAGCUGAGACGAUCUUUCAAAAAGGUAAUGAAGAAAGUAGACGCACAUGCGGCCGCGGAGAACGAGGACCCAAGCAGGGUCAAUGGCUCCGAAACUGGGCAGACGACAGUGGAUAAAUCAGCGCCAAGGGGCACGGAUCAGGAGGCUGCUGGAAAAGAUCGUAUGCUUGCGAGAGUACCUACUCUCGAUGGACAUGCGGAUGAGGCCGGCAACACCGAACGAAGCACUCAAGAGAAUGGCCUCGUGCCGGAUCGAAGCCCACCCUCGCCGUCAAACGGACAGCCACGGGAUGGCCUCUAG